CUUAUUAAAUAUUAAUAAAAUUAUACAGUAGCGUAAAUAAGGGGGGUUAUUGGGGUUACGUACCCCCCCUCCCCCUAAAAAUUUGGAGAAAUAAACAUCCCCGUGUAUAAACUUGAUCUCCAUUCUCCAAUCUCCAUGUCCAUGAUAUCCGUUAAGAAAAAUUUGUCACUAUGUUUUGUAAACGAUCAGUUGAUGUUUCUUUGCGAGAUCAUUAAAUCUCCUAAAUUAAAUUCUUCAAAUGCGGGAAUACUACUGCGUAAAGUGUACACUAUACAGACAGACUGAAACUAAGAAGAAAGAUGGCGUCGAUAUAAAUGCAUCUAUCCCCCAACCAUAGUUAAAUAAUGCAUUUAAAUCUAAUAUGAACCAACCAGCCAACCAAGUUGUACGUAAAAUCAUAGCCGGAAGAGAAGAAAAAUAGCCGAAUAAAAAUAUAACACAAAAAAAAUAAUUAAGUUACUGAUAAGAAAAUGGGGAAAACAUUUUCUCCGUUUGUUUACUGGGCACAGUCAGAGGAAGAAAUUCUCCUCCGAGUAGAUCUUAAAAAUACAGUGGAUCCCAAUAUAAAUAUAGAGGAGGAAGAGAUCGAGUUUGCAGCUGUAGGGACCGGAAGUCAGGGAGAAGGAGUAAAUUAUCAUUUUGUUCUGGAAUUCUUCCUUCCAGUUCAAAAAGACUCAGGAAGCCUGGAAGUGAAUGAUAGAGAAGUGAGGAUUAAAUUAAAGAAAAAAGAGUCCGAUUGGUGGCCUAGACUUGUUUAUGCACACCAGAAACUGCCCUGGUUGAAAGUAGAUUUUGACCGGAUAAAGAAUGAGUCUGAUACAGAGGAGGAGAAGGAUGAGCUCAAGAGAGAUCUGUCUUAUCAAGAUAUUCUUAGAACUAAGUACCCUGAGGCUUAUGAAAAACUGCAAAAAGAGGAGUUUGGAUUUGUAAGUGAAAGCAAACGAAGGAUAUAUUUGUUCUGCUAUAAUAUUUUCAUGUUCUGUGGGUUUCUCUACGCUUUCCUUGUGCUUACUCUCAACUAUUCAAAGAACCCAGAUGAGUUUGUGCCAAAAGCAUUUGAAACAGUGGGAGGAAUAUUUAAGUUUCUUCAAUUGUUGAUGAUUUUGGAGAUUUUAAAUCCUCUGUUUGGCUACACUAAGGGAUCUGUGUAUGAAGCAACCAUUCAAGUUGGAGGUAGGCUUAUCUUCCUCUUCCUACUGAUAGACUCAGAGCCCCGGAUGCAGGACAAGCCAGUUGUGUUUUAUCUACUGAUGACCUACUCAAGUGUGGAAAUUGUCAGAUACCCUUACUAUCUCUUCAGAGUGUAUGAUAUGGAUAUUGGACUUAUUACUUGGCUCAGGUACACCAUAUGGAUUCCUCUCUACCCUAUUGGAUUUAUUUGCGAGGGAGUGAUUGCUCUAAGAAACAUUCCAUACUUUGAAGAAACAGAACAGUUCUCAGUGCUACUUCCAAACAGAUGGAACUUUGCAUUCUACUUCCCGAACCUAAUCCGGUUUUACCUUCUAUUUGGAUUCUUCCCUUUGCUCUAUACUCAAAUGUGGCACAUGUACCAACUUAGAUGCAAGCGGUUGGGAAUAAAACAGCAUAAAUCCAACAAGAUCAUUGAAAAGGAUGAUUAGCAAUAAUAUCAUUUACCCAUUUUCGUGUUAUAUUGUUAACAACACUAUUUUGUUUUGUAAUUUUUUUUAAUAAAUACAGACAUGCUUAAAAUAA